AUGCGCGCCUGGAGACGCAGCGGCCGGAGCCUGCGGGCGGCGCUCCUGCUGCUGGCGGUAGGGACGGCGGAGGGGGGCCGGGGCGGGAGGCUCCGGGGAGCGGAGGACGGGAAGGUUCUCGCCUUUGACAACUUCCGUUGCGGACUAGGAGAUGACGACAGCCUAAGAAAGACCAUCAGCAAGAAAAGCAGACAGGGUCAGCACCUGGAUCUUUUGGACAGUCUUCGUCCUUUGCGGCGCACAAAAAGAAGAUGGAUUAUCGCCACCCUGGAACUUGAGGAGGAAGACAAAGGCCCAUUCCCCAAAUUCAUCGGAGAGCUCUUCAAUAAUAAAUCACAUGAUAUGACCAUCAGAUAUUUAAUCAGCGGUCCGGGUGUCGAUGAGUUUCCAGAGGUUGGAUUGUUUUCUCUUGAGGAUGAUUCCAGCGGACGUGUUUAUGUGCAUCGUUCCAUUGAUCGGGAGACCAACCCUUCUUUCUUGGUACGUUUUGAUGUUGCAAAUACAGCUACUGGGGAGAUAGUGGACAGAUCUUUACUCUUCAGUGUUAAAAUUAGAGACAUAAAUGAUCACGCUCCGAAGUUUUCCAAGAAGGAAUUUAACGUCACUGUGAAAGAAAAUCACCGGAGAGAUGAGCCGGUUUUCCAUGUCACAGCCUCAGACGAUGAUGAAGAAGGUACUGCCAAUUCUCGAGUGGCGUAUUCCCUUGUUUCGCAGACCCCUCGUCCGAAAGAGCCUGUCUUCAGUGUUGAACCAUCCACAGGUCUUAUACGCAUUUCAGGAUGCUCACAUUAUGAGGGUCCCAGCACUUUCAAACUUCUGAUCAAGGCUACGGACCAUGGAAUUCCACAACUGUCAUCAACGGCAACUAUUAAUAUUGCAAUAGAAGAUUCGAACAGCCACCUGCCAGUAUUUACUAAAGAAAAUUAUCAACUGGAUGUCACAGAAGGCCAAAAGGAAGGCGACAUCCUACGCCUCAACGUGGAAGAUAAAGACACUCGCAACACACCGGGUUGGAGAGCAAAAUAUAAGAUAGUGAGAGGAAACGAAAGAGGGAGCUUCAUCAUUGAGACAGAUCCGAACACCAACGAAGGGGUUUUAAGCAUCGUAAAGCCUUUGGUUUAUGACAGCACCCCUGGGAAGAGCCUCAUCAUAUCUGUGGAGAAUGAAGAACCCUUCUUUUCAUGUGACAGAGGCCAAGUGCGGAGCCUUCGUGUACCCCCCAGGGGUGCAACUGUGAAUAUUACAGUCCUCGACACAAACGAUGCCCCUCAGUUUCAUCCUCCUGUCCUUGUUCUUCGGCGAGAGGAAGGGGUGAAGCCUGGGACCCAUCUUGGGCAGUACACAGCUAAGGAUCCAGACAGAGUCCCAAAUGCAAUAAGAUACCAAAUAGCGUUUGACCCAGCAGGCUGGGUGGCGGUUGAAGAACGCUCUGGGAUCUUGACGACUGUGGAAAUUCUGGACCGAGAAUCUCCCUAUGUGAACAGCAGCACGUACACCAUCCUCAUCCAUGCCAUAGAUGAUGGUGUUCCACCCCAGACUGGCACAGGCACCGCCCAGCUUUUCCUGUUUGACACUAAUGACAAUGCUCCAAAGAUUGUUGCACCGUUUCGGGAGGUCUGCGAGGGAACAGCAGAGGGUUCGUUCCGGAUAGAAGCCGAAGACAAAGACGACUUUCCUCAUGCUGGGCCUUUUACGUUCCACCUGCUUGAGGGCCCGGAGAACACAAAGGAUGUUUGGAAACUGGGGCGGUACUUUGGUGAUUCAGCUGAGCUGCUGAUGUUGAGAAGCCUCCCUGUUGGCAACUAUUCAGUGCCUUUCCGUAUUUUGGACAAGCAAGCAUUCUCCAGGGACCAGAGCUUCUAUGUCAGGGUGUGUCCCUGUCUGGAUGGGAGCACAUGUGAUCCAGAGAUUGCAUAUUCCUCAGCAGGAAUUGGUGGUGGAGCAGUUGCUGCCAUCUUGGCUGCGAUCCUGUUACUCGUGUUGGGUUUAGGCCUCCUCCUGUGGUGUUCCUGCCAUUCGGAUGCUGCAUCCAAGAAUGACUUUCCUUUCAUUCCAAGUGAAAUGGGAAACCAGUCUCUGAUCCACUACAACAAAGAAAGCCAACAAGUGCUGUCUCAGGACACGCCUGAUGUUAGGGGUCAUAUUUCACCAUCCACUUUGCACUCAGAAAUUCGCAAGGAUAUGCCCCAAACUCUUAAGGAGGUAACUAGAAGAACCAGCUCACACUCCCGGACAUCCAGUCAAGUGCACUUUGAAGACAUUCUGCCUCAUGCAAAAGGAAUGAUCCAGGCAAAGCCAUGGGGGAACAUUGACCGUUCCUAUGAAAGGAUAGCACUACCAACAAGAGCCCUGGCAGAAGAUCCUAAUCCUUGCUGGGAUCAGAGGAGCUCGUAUUCUCGAAGUAAAGGAAUGAACCAAAAGAAACCACGGGACAGCACUGUAGAGACAGUGGACAAAAUGCUGAAUCAGAGACUCCACCACAUCACCUGCGUAGAGGACGACGUGAUCGUUUCUUGCACACCUCUCGUUUUUGCUGAGGAAGGAAGCCUGGGGGGAAAUGAAUCCUUGUGGUCCCUCCCUUUCACAGAUGACAGCAGCCUGCCUCCUGACUUUGUGGAUACAUUGGGGCCUAGGUUUGCCGCCCUGAGCAAUAUCUGCAAAUCUGGUUUUGGUCCCCCACCUGAGCUAGAAGAAGCUGAUGGAAGUGUGGUUAUGGAGCACACGGCGUCAGCAGCAGCCCUUGAAGUGCCGCCGCCGCCACCAGUAAGGAGAACUGAAUCUGGAAAAGUGCCAAAAGUGGCUGAAACUGCCAGGUGGGAAGAGAUGAAGGACUUGUGA